AGAUCAGGUGACCCGGAAGCGUCAGUGAUGACGUUGGUGAUGACGCCUCUGUCAGAAGCUUAUUUUUAAGAUGGCGCUACGGCCAGGAGCUGGGGGAGGUGGCAGCUUCAUGUACCCAGUUGGAGGCGGCCUGGGGCCUCCACAAGGCUUGAUUCCCUUGCAGCAGCAGCAGGGAUUCCCCAUGGUCCAGGUUAUGCAGCCCAACAUGCAAGGGAUGAUGGGAAUGAACUUUGGUGCUCAGAUGCCCCCUGGUGCCAUGCCCAUUCAGGGUGCAAUGCCCAUGGGGAUGCCGGCCCAGGGGAUGCAGUUUAUGGGGCAGCCCCCCUUUAUGGGCAUGCGGGCACCUGGCCCCCAGUUCUCUGCGGACGUGCAGAAACAGAUGGCUGAGGAGCACCAGAAGCGGCUGGAGCAGCAGGCCCGCCUGCUUGAGGAGGACCGCAAGAGGAGGCAGUUUGAGGAGCAGAAGCAAAAGCUGCGGCUGCUCAGCAGCGUCAAGCCCAAGACAGGAGAGAGGAGCAGGGAUGAUGCCCUCGAGGCUAUCAAGGGGAACCUGGACGGGUUCAGCCGGGACGCCAAGAUGCACCCCACGCCCUCCGCACACCCCAAUAAGCCAGGUGUGGCUGUUUUUCCGCAGCAGGAACACAUGCAGCCGAUGUUGCCGGCCUGGCUGUACAAUGACAGCCUCGUCCCAGAGCUGUUCAAGAAGGUGCUGGAGUUCAGCAUGACCCCGUCCGGCAUCGACACGGCCAAGCUGUACCCCAUCCUGAUGUCCUCUGGGCUGCCCCGGGAGGCCCUGGGCCAGAUCUGGGCCUCGGCAAACCGAACCACGCCAGGCAAGCUGACCAAGGAGGAGCUGUACAGCGUGCUGGCCAUGAUUGGGGCAGCGCAGAGCGGACUCCCUGUGAUGGGUCUGGAUGUCCUGAGCCAGUUCCCCACCCCGCCGCUGCCCUCCCUGUCCGCCCUGGCUAUGGGCGUGCCUCCUGUCCUGGCCCAGCACCCGGCACCCAUGAUAGCCCAGCCGCCCGUCGCCAUGGCCGUGCCCACAGCAGCGCCCGCCCCCUUGGGUGUGGGCUCCAUGGGCGUGGCCUCCGGCACCGCUGCCCAGCCUCCCGCUAGCUUCGUGGCCAGCUUCCCGCCGGCACAGGGGGGCAAACCAGAUGACGACGAUUUCCAGGAAUUCCAGGAAGCCCCCAAGACGGGAGCAGCCGAGGACUCAUUCACUGAUUUCCAGGGGGAGUCUGGGGCCCCUGCCAGCGGCGUGACCCCCUCACAGAGCAGUGGCCCUGUUCUGCUCACCCCAGUGUCCGGGUCCUCGUCCGCCUCAUCUGAUAAGUACGCCGUCUUCAAACAGCUCUCGGUGGAGCAGACCGUGGAUACAGCUCCUCCCGCCUCAGACUCUGCUGACAAGUACAGUGUCUUCCGAGAGCUGGAGCCGCCAGCAGACCGGAAGUCAGUAGGUGAAGGAUUUGCCGACUUUAAGUCAGCAGCCGAUGAUGGCUUCACAGACUUUAAAACGGCCGACAGCAUUUCUCCACUAGACCCCUCCGACUCAGCCAAGAUGGUCCAGCCCACAUUUUCUCCUGCUUUCCCUAAAUCUCAUCCCCUCCAGCCUCAGCUUCCCGCCCCCCUUUCUCAGCCCAGAAACCCUUUAAACAUGGCCGACCUCGACCUCUUCUCCUCCCUGGCCCCACCUGGGCCCCCGGCAGACAGCAAGCUGCCAUCUUUCCCAUCACCUAGCACCGCUCCUUCUGUGGCGGUAGCGCCCCCCCCAAGCACAGGUUCCAAGCCCUCCAGGGGAGGCGUCGACGAUUAUUUUGGCGACUUUGCUCUCUUCGGCUCCUCCUCUGGCUCCCCCCCGGCCGCCGCCGGCGCAGUGACGGCAGGGGCUGGAUCAGUGACCCAGGAUGACUUUGCGGACUUCAUGGCAUUCGGGAGCGCCGGCGAGGCCUGGGGAGACACUCGGCCGGGGACCAGCAGCCUGGGGGAGAGACAGACUCAGCGCCAGCAGCCCCCACAGCACCGCGACGCCCCCGACAAGUAUGACGUGUUCAAGCAGCUCUCGCUGGAGGGAGGCCUGACCUACGAUGACGCCAAGGAAGGCAGCGGGUCUUUCGCCUCACUCAGGGGCGACGCUGACGAUUUUGCCGACUUUCAGUCCUCCAAGUUCUGCACGGCGCUUGGCGCCUCGGAAAAGAGCCUGACUGACAAGCUGGCCAAGGAGGACUCGUCUUCCGUCAAGUCGCUAGACCUCCCAUCCAUCGGGGGCAGCAGUGCGGGCAAAGAUGACUCUGAGGACGCACUCUCCGUGCAGCUGGAUAUGAAGCUGUCAGAUGUGGGCGGGGACCUGAAGCAUGUGAUGUCAGACAGCUCCCUGGACCUGCCGGGCCUCUCUGCCCACCAGCCCCCCUCCGCAGAGACCGAUGACGCGAGGUUUGACCCCUUCGGUACGCUCACAGCUGGAAGCUCCGGCUGUUCCGAUUGGCCGGACAGGGAGGACUCUUCAGCCAGUCAGGCCAAGGCGGCACCGGCCGGGAUGGCCGGUCCCGAUGGGUUUGGAGCGCCGUCUUCUGCUGUCAUGCGACGGAAGGAGACGUCCUUCGGAAGCACGGAAAAUGUGACUCGCACCACGGAGGCCAAGGUCACCACCUUCCCCACCGCCGAUGACGCCGGGAAGCUCGAGGCCUUCGCCAGUUUCAGCCCCCACUGCGUGGCACCGGCCGGCGAGGACGACGACUUUGGCGACUUUGCUAGCACCGUAUCUGAGAAGUUGGACCCCUGCACCGAGCCAGGUCCGGAUCGAACCUCGGGCGAGGCUGCCAGCGACUUCGGCACCUUCCAGGGCGACAAGCCCAAGUUUGGCAAGUCGGACUUCCUGAAGGUCAGUUCCCAGGCCAAGGUGAAAUCCAGUGAAGAGAUGAUCCAGAAUGAGCUGGCCACCUUUGACCUCUCUGUGCAAGGCUCUCACAAGCGCAGCCACAGCCUCGGCGAUAAGGAGAUUAGCCGCUCGACUCCAUCUCCAGCCCCAGAGACACCGUUCCGCGACCGAUCCAACACCCUGAGCGAGAAGCCCGCCCUGCCCGUCAUCCGGGACAAGUACAAGGAUCUGACAGGGGAGGUGGAGGAGAGCGAGCGCUAUGCCUAUGAGUGGCAGCGGUGCCUGGAGAGUGCCCUGCAGGUGAUCAGCAAAGCCAAUGACACGCUGAAUAACAUCAGCAGCUCUGCCGUCUGCACAGAGGUCAUCCAGUCGGAGCAGGGCAUGGAUUACCUUCUGGGUGUGGUGGAGGUGUACCGGGUGACCAAGCGGGUGGAGCUGGGCAUCAAGGCGACGGCCGUGUGUUCGGAGAAGCUCCAGCAUCUUCUGAAGGACAUCAGCCGCAUGUGGAACAACCUGAUGGGCUUCAUGUCCCUGGCCAGCCUGACGCCCGAUGAGAGCUCCCUGGACUUCUCCUCCUGCAUCCUGAGGCAUGGCAUCCGGAACGCCAAGGAGCUUGCCUGCGGAGUGUGUCUGCUCAACGUGGACUCGCGCAGCAAGGCCUUCAACUCAGAGACGGACAACUUCAAGCUGCUUUACGGAGGCCACCAGUAUCAUGCUAGCUGUGCCAACUUCUGGAUCAACUGCGUGGAGCCCAAACCCCCGGGCCUCGUUCUGCCUGACCUGCUCUGAGAGAUGACCCAUGCCUUCCCAUGCUGCCAUGGCAACACUCGAUGCUGGUCCCCCCGUGCACAGAGGCUUGCCCCAGCUUGUCAGAGAGUGCCAGGACUUUGGUGGCGCAACUACUGAGAGUUUAAUGGUGUUUUUUAUUUCUUCGUCAACCUCCCGCAGCUCUGAGGCCACGCUUCAGCGUGAUUUUCAUAACCUGCUGACAUGCGGCGUGAUAUCGUAAAACGUCCUGCCCUUCCCCCUCCCUGUGGGCUGGAGGUCAGACCGUUAUCCAGUGUUUAUUUCCUCCUGCUGCUACCAGGGGGCAAAACAGCUCCCCCUUGAGGGUGGGCUGAAAACGGUGAUGCAGGGUUUUGAGUUUGAGGGUUGGGGAAGAUGAUUCCUUCCAGAAGUCAUUUUGGCUUUCCCUGGACCCACUGUCCGUCUCUCUGCCUUCAAACAGAACAGAUACUCUCUACCAUCUGUGUCUCCGCCUCCUUCCUGCUGUCAGUGCCCCCCAACUAAAAUACAUUUUUCUGAUAUGUGGGUAUGUAACGCAGCAGUUUUCAAUCGUUAGCUUUUUAACUGUUACUGAACGCUGUUACUGGGCAUCCAGUGUGAUGCUGGCGUCACGAUAAAUGCGACCGGUUCUGCGUCGCACAGUCGCAUUACGGUAAUGCGAAGUCAGGCCUGGAUGUAUAGUCCUGGUGAGUAUGUUGAUGACGGCUGUCAGGGUUAUCAAUGAAACGCGAUGGCGCCGUCGUCAUCGGUCCACACUGCGCCAGAGUGGGCGAUUGGUUGAGUUUAACAUUUCGUCACGCCGCCUUGAAUGAAACACCUGGUAUUAUUUACCUAUACAGUUAACGCUGGCAUUAGAUUUGUGUGCGAGGAGUGGGUUCUGAAUCGUCUUGGUAUCCUGGGGACGAGGGUGCAGUGAGUGCUGUGAUCGCGUUUGUGGAGUUCAUCUCUUACCCUGAUGUGUAAGCUGUGCUUUGAAAAACCUGGUGUGGUGAUUUCGUCUGUCCCGGCUUGUGUAACGCCAGUGCUGUUAUGUGCUGCUGUGUGAGGUCAGGUUACUCACGCUGUCUGCUGUGUUUGCUUCCUUUAGAACCAUAAUAUAUAGCAAUGGACGUGUCUUUUAACAAUAAAACAUAAAAACAG